AUCUAAGAGAGGAAGAAAGCUGGUGAAGGUUCAUUCUUGUUUUUCCUGGCUCACAUAUAAACAACUUCCACAAAAGGACAAAUCUUUUCGGUGAUUAAUGUUUGUUUUUCACUCAACUACUUUGUUGAGUUUUUUUUGGGACUGGAAAAAUCUUUUUUGAGCCUUUGUGAGAGGGCAGCUACCAGAUUUGCAGUUCAUUCAUAGUCGUGGUAGUUCUGAAAUCAGCUUCUGUGUGGGAUUAUUCAACACGUUCAACAUGGGGUAUGGGAAGGAGCUACUUUUGCUCGGAUUAAUGUGUGUGAUGGGAAAAUGUUUCUCUGAUUGUUCCCUAGGCUACGAGUCACAGAAAGGGAAUUGUGUUGAUACAAAUGAGUGCAACGAUGAAAUAUGUGGGAAGUAUUCAAACUGCAUCAACACAUUUGGCAGCUACUUCUGUGAGUGCAAGCCUGGAUUCACCAACAUUAGCUUCACAGAUGGACAGUGCCAAGAUUUUAAUGAAUGCACGGACAGUGACAAUAAAGAAGCACUCUGUGGAAACAAUGGAAACUGUGUUAAUAAUAUUGGGAGUUACUGGUGCAAUUGCUCAACUGGAUACAGCAAUUACAGCACCGAAAAGACACCGUGCUUAAAGCUCGACUGUGAUAACUUCAGUGCUGACAAAAAGUCGACACAGUUGCUCGGGGGCCUGGCAGACAUCUUGUCCAUGAUGAAAAACAGCUGUUUGGCUCUGUCUGGAGCUGGCAGUAAAGUAAAGCUUGAUGGAGAUGCGCUACUGGAGAAACUUUUCACAGAGACUGACAAGAUCCUGUCCCCUGCCACCCUGGACAGCAGUGAAGGUGUGAGUGGGCUGCUCACUACAGUGGAGGACUCUAUUUUAUUCAUUGGACCUCAGCUAAAAAACAGCCAUACUAGGAUGGAGAACAAUAAGAUAGAUGCAGAGAUUGCUGUUCAAAGAGGAACAAGCCGACCAACUGGACAGAUUCAUUUGACUAGUGAAAAUGUUUUUCUUGAAACGGACUGGACAACAGCAGCCGGGACGGGACCAUAUCCUGGUUUUGCUUUGGCUGCGUUGCUGAGCUACAAGAACCUUGAAAGCUCUUUGAACACAUCUUUCGAGAAGGUCAAAGAGUGUGAAAAAAAUGGAGCGGACUCCUCCUGCCAGGUUGUCUCUAAAGUUGUGUCUGUUGUGGUCUCAAAUCCAUCCACUCAGAAACUGAGCCGCUCUGUCAACAUCAUCUUCAGACGUCUUGAGGAUAUGGAGGAAUUCCCUAACAUGAGCUACAUCUGUGCAUACUGGAAUGAGAAAGGGGCCUGGUCCACAGACGGUUGCUCUAAGCAGCAAUCCAAUGCCACUCACACUGUUUGUGCAUGUGACCAUCUGAGCAGCUUUGCUGUGCUCAUGGCCCUUCACCCCAUUGAGCACACUUACGGACUCGAGCUGGUGACUAAAAUAGGACUGAUCAUCUCCCUGCUGUGUCUCACACUGUGCAUCCUGACAUUCAAGUUCUGCCGUUCCAUACAAGGGACCCGCACCACCAUCCACCUACACCUCUGCAUCUGCCUCUUCAUGGCUGAUCUUAUCUUCCUGGCUGGCAUUUCUCAAACCGAACCUGUGGGUGGCUGCAAGUUUGUUGCAGCAAUGCUCCACUUCUUCUUCUUGGCGGUGUUCACAUGGAUGCUGUUAGAAGGAGUGCAGUUGUACCGCAUGGUUGUCCUGGUGUUCAAUGCCACCAUUCGGCCACUCUACCUAUAUGCUAUGGGCUAUGGGACACCUCUUCUUAUUGUUGUUUUAUCCGCCUGCGUUAGACCAAAUGGAUACGGCACUAAAAAAUACUGCUGGCUAUCCACGGAUGACGGCUUCAUCUGGAGCUUCUUUGGGCCUGUGUGCUUAGUCAUCCUUGUGAACGUUUUCUUCUUUAUCAUCACCGUAUGGAAACUUGCCCAGAAGUUCACCAGCCUCAACCCAGACCUCUCCAAACUUCACAAAAUCAAAGCUUUCACAGUGACAGCUAUAGCCCAGAUGUGUAUUCUGGGUCUGAUGUGGGUGUCUGGGGUCUUCUUGUUCCAAGAGGAUCCUCCUAUUGAGGUCUCGUAUAUUUUCACUAUCUUCAACAGCCUGCAGGGCGCACUGGUCUUCAUCAUGCACUGCUUGCUGUCUAAACAGGUGAGAGAGGAAUACGCACAUUUCCUCUCCUGCGUCUGCACGCAACAGAAGAAGAGAUAUUCAGACCUGAGCAGCACAAAUCCCUCCAGCAGUCAAUCACAAGGUUCACGGAGUGGGCAGCAAACAGGAGAAUCGCAGAUAUGAAGAACUGAAGCUUACAUGUUCUUACAAAGACUUAAUGACCACCACACUUUCAGCCUAUUUGGGCUAAUUUAGCCCAGACUUUUAAAUGUUUGAAUCAUUUAAGUCAUUUAUAUUGUCACCUACAGUACAGGCUAAUUCAGACCCGAUUCCAAUUAAUUGUAAAAGCAGUGACUCAUCAAAUGGUUACAAAAUCUCAGGGGUUGUUGAUUGAUUCACCGGCGUUUGGCGACUUGGGAAAGAAGAAAAAGAAAAUGGAUUUCUAAUACAAUUAAGUUAUACUGUCUUAGUUUAUUCAAAUCCUCUUAAAAUCCUUCAUUUCUAAAGGAAAUAUGACUCUUUGGUACUGAGCUGCAAGCAUUUAUGAUUUGUCUUUAAAAGUGUCACAUAAUAGAGCAGUUAGAAAUAAAAUAGUGACCUCGCAUUAAGCACAGAUUAUUCCUCUUAGGUAACUCUGAGGCCUUUCAGCCCUAAGUAAUGUUAAUGGGACCAAAUUUCAACUCAGUCCAGUAGCCCUGGUACUCACAGGAUCAUUCGGUCUGAUUUACCACCUGGGUUAGGUUGUUUUCCUCAUUGUUUGUGUGCUGUAGCACUUUUUAUAGAGCAAGGUGUACUGGUAAUGACUCAUUCUCAUCACUGAGUGCAAAAACAUGUCAUUAAUGUCGGAGGCUGGAAGAAGCCAGCUAUAAAAAGUGUUUAUUCAGGAGCUCGGUAAGUGAAAGUAAAGCUGCUUGACUGGCUAAUUGGUCCAUCCAGAACAUAUCACAUUAAUAAUAUAAGCUGUAUUCCUGUCAAAGCGAUAAAGAAUGAGAUUAAUAUAGAUAUAUUUAUUUUCAGUGCAGAUGCUAAAUUCUAUGUUAUGUAGACUACAAGAAAAAAUGAGCAUGAGCAAACUUUUUGCGCUCUAUUUUACAUAAAUAUUUUACAUAAAUUUUUGCAUAAAUGGCUGUUUGUAUAUAAAGUUGGCUAUGCUUUUUGUUAAUGGGAUAUUUGUUUCCAUGUACUGUAUUUACCAGUAUGCUGUAACGGAAACAACUGACCAAUGAUGCAAAUUACCCAUGAAGUGCUUUUCCCCUCGCUCCCAUGCGGGUUCCUGCAAGGAUUUUAUGUCUGUUUCUUUGAUUACAAACAAAAUGAGUGACUGUUUAAAAAAAUCACUUGUGGCUAUUUUUAAAGAAUCUCCCUUGAUUAACAGCUGAGCUAUGCCCUUUUCCCCAUAAGAACAUAUUUCAAGGGUUUUGUUUUGCUCUUGAAAUUGUGGACUUGAACUUCCAAAUCUGGCCCAAAAUAACUGGGCAAUUCACAAAAAUAGACCCACCCUACUGAUAAGCCUGCAGCUUCCUGCAAACACACUGUGUUCAAGCUUGUACGGUGUCUCAGUGCGCCUUUAUGGACUCUUAUUUACUGUAAGGCUAAAGUCAUAUCCUUGAAAUGAAAGCUUCAGCAGUGAUGGGACCUGUACAGACCUGAAUUUGCUUAAUUUGUUGCACUUUUCCAUCAUAAAUAUGAUGAUUCAGCACCUCUUCACUUGCACAGUGCACGGGCUCACUUACAGACCCUGAACAGUAACAAAAUAUAUUUUUUAAUAUUUCCAGUUAUAUAGAAUUUCAUCAGAAGUGUCUUGGUUAUUAUUAUAAGGAAACAUUUAGAUUUCAAAGAGUGUUUUUAAGUGAUUGGUGUUACAACACAGUCAAACGCCACCUUUAUGUUGCUUUUGACAACUAAACUGUUCUUUGGUUUGUAAGUGUGAUUGCACUUUUUUAUGGCCAUCAAAACUCUUUUGUUCAUACAUUGCUAUGGAUUUUAAUGUGAAAAUAGCUACAUGCAUUUUGUGUUGUAUUGUGAAUGUAAGAAUCUCUGUUAUAUGAACAUAUUUUUUUUUUUUUACAUUUUUUGUUUAUAUUUGGUACUGUUUUCUUUGAAGAAUAUGCACCAUAAAGUGUAUUAAAGUUUAUACUUUA